AAUAAAACCAUAUAUAGUCUCCUCCCUGAGCUCUAGCUUACCCCUAUAUAUGUACGUUACAAUUACCUUCCUGGCUACCAUCAACCAUGCAUAAUAAUCCCCCCGAUCAUCCAUCAUUUAAAACUAGCUAGCUUAUAUAAUUAACAAGCGCUAAAUACACUAUAUUUUAUAGCAUUUGGUUGGGCGGCCGGCGGUAUGUCCAUUGGUGUUUUAUCGGCGGCAUCAAGUGGCGUUUUUGAAAUCUACGGCCGCUACUCGAACGGAGGUGCCGAUGUAUUAGGUAGCCGUGGCUUGCCUAAGAAUGGAGGCUCGAGGUACUUUUCCUCCUUGGUAGAAGAUUUAGCAGUCCUUCAUUAUGCAAAAGUUACAGCCUUCAUUGGGAGUUCCUUGUUUUGGCUCCCAUGCAUUUGCAAUGUCAACAUUGAUUCGCACAAGACAAUGAAUUUCAAUAUUUAUCAUUCGGAUAAAUCGUCCACAUACAAGAGUAUCGAUUGCCCACCGUACUUUCAAAUAAUGGAUGCCCAUUUGAGGCCGGAUACAUGGAUGGAUCGUCCGCUACGGGGGUGCUCAUAUCAGACAUAGCACACCUAACGACUUAUGAUCACCAACAUAAACACAUUCAGGCUGCUGUUACAUUCGGGUGUGCAUCCAAUGUAACUUGUUACUGUCAAGACUAUUCAGCUUUUAAUGGUUUGUUGGGGCUAGGGCCGGGUAAUGAGCCCGAUAAUAUGGAUGCCCUCAGCAUUCUUGCUGCUCCAGGGAUUGUUGGCAAUUCCUUCCUCUGUUUAUGGUCCAGUGGGAAUGGGACAUUAUUGAUAUUGGGAGACAAAGGGACAGGGACCCCAAUGAGAGGGAAACACCAUUGAAUCUAAAUAUACAAAAGUACGUCCACUACAUACUCAGCUAGGUACGUACUUCUCCAAUCUUUUCAUCUAAUUUAAUACUCCCUCCGUCCCCUAUUAAAUCUCCCGGAAGAGGGUGACACGAGUUUUAAGAAAAGUAGGUUUGUGUGGUUGAUAUUAAUUGAUAAAGUAAGAAUAAAGCAAGAAUGAUUUUGAGAUACACAAACUUUACCAAAUAAGGUAUGUGAUAAUUAAAUAAGGACAUCCCAAUAUGGUAAAACAGGACAUUUAAAGGGGGACGGAGGGAGUACUAUAUAUCUAUACACGUAGUACUACCUCCGUUCUCUUUUAAUUGCAACAUAGGACUUUUUGCACUAUUCACACAUUCUACUUUGACUAUAGUUUAUUUAUUAAUGUAUUACGAAUUUAAUUUUUAAAAAAUAUUGUUAAAUUCUUCUCAUUCUAAAUUUUGUAAAUAUGAUUCUUUUAAAAUUUUUACUAAUAAGGAUUGAAAGAUUUUAAUGGUCAAACUCGUGUGUUGACAAACGUGAAAUGUUGACUGUUGCAAUUAAAAGGGAACAGAGGAAGUAUAUGGUAAUCUUGAAUUUCUUAAAAUUAUUAUAUAUAGUUUGUAGAGACUUACUAAUGAUGUUUAAUUAAUCUUGCUCUACAACAUUUCUUAAAAAGUAGAUUCUAUGAUACGCAUAAGACACCAUUCCUUUGUUUAUAUGGACCAACCAAAAUGUUGCAGUUGAAUUCAGGACCGGCCCAGGCCAGGAGUAGGAUGUGCAAUGGCAAAGGGCCCAUGUAAAAUGAAGGCCCAAAAAUAACUAGCACUAUUUGUUUAUCCUAGGUAUAAAUCGUAAAUGCGAGUUACAUUUGAAAAUUCUUCGAUUGCACAGCAGAAAGGCAUAAGGAGAUUUAAAAUGCAUAGGUUACAGGUCGUAUGUUCGAAACUUGGUUCAGGUUGUUUUUUUCUUUACUUUUGCUCUUUUAAGGCCUUAAUUAAAUCAUAGUGGCUUUACAUAUUUUUAUUUAAUUUUUUUUCUUUUCGAAAACAUUUUGAUUCAUAAAAUUUAAUAUUUACAUUUGUGUACAUAAUAUAAACCAAUUUUUUGAAUGUACUUGUGAAUUUGAAAUUGAAAUUAAUUUGAAUUACAUAGUUAAUCCUUCAAUUCCCUUAUAUCAUUUGUGUAUUUAUGAACAUAAUUUUGAAUAAACAACAAACACCGUGUGAUUAAAACUUAUCUAACAAAGUAAAAACUAUUUAUUUUAAGCAUGAUAAUGUAAUGAUUUUGUCUAGUGAAUAUUAUGUUAUUUAUGUUUGUCUUUACAAUUUCUUUUAAUGCAUUAGUUGAUUACAUUCGUCAGAUAAUAUCUUAGGCAAGUUCCCCUCUUGAAUUUUUUUUGGUACGCCAUUGAUCUAAGGCAAGUUAGAGCAUUUCAACACUAAGGAAUUUUGCAUUUGUAUUGAAUAAAUUGAUAUUAAGUCAUUAGGUAAUACAUUUGGUUUCUCUUUGCAUUAGAAAAAAAGCCCAAUUUUUUCUUCGCACAGGGUCCUGGAAUUCUUAGGGCCGGCCCUAGUUGAAUUAUUUAAGUCUAAAUUAAAAAUGAUAUACCUAUUUGAACCUAUUAAGUGAAUGAUAGAUACGAUACCCCAUUUUUUAAAUGAGCACCGGAGUUCUCAUCUUCUUAAAAUCUCGUACCACAUCAUAGAUUUACUAUGAUGUCUCUAUUUCAAUACUCGUACAACAUUUCAAUAAUAAUAUACGUACCUUUUGAAUUUUCAGUCAAAAAUAUUUUGCACCACGCACAGUCUAAAUUACCUACAUGCACCUUCCAAAAAAAUUUACUACGUAGGAAUAAAUUAACUCACGUAUCAGUCCUAUUAUCAGCCUUAUUAAUUGGAUACUUAUUAACUCCGUACUGAAAUUUGCUGGUCUGAUCUGGUCUGGUUUGAACUGGUCUGGUUUGGUAAACGUCUGAUCUCUGUGUCUGGUCUGGUCUGGUCUGGUCUGAUCUAAUCUGAUCUGGUCUGGGACUGAAAAUAAUUAAAAAGAAAACACCCUAACAUAAAGUUCACAUUAUCUAGACAUCUAGUGAGAUUAUUUUGGCCGAAAUUCAAAUAUAAUGAUACCAACCUCAAACUAUUUAAUUUACUUAAUUGUGGUGUCAAUAUGCUUAUUAUCAUUCAAUAGUAUAAGCACCAAAAUAUAAAAUGUGUUCUUCACACAUUUAUUAAUUAGUUAUAUGUUCUAACUAUACUUUUGCAGUUCAACUCUCUAAUAAAGGAGCCACGCAGCCCGCCAACAUAUAUGGGUUAUUUUGAAUACUGCUAUAACUUGAGGUGGUUAUAAUCCAAAUGUAGGUUGUUUAAGAGUUUUUUUUUCUAGCAAUCUCCAUGCACAUAUAUACAAGUAUACCAAGCUAAUUGAGCUAUAAUAACAAUAGCAGUUUAUGAUGAAUUAGCAUAUACUCCGUAUGUUUUUUGCAGGUAAAAGAAACCAUUUCAACGCUUCUACCUAAGGUAAAAGAAACCACUUCAACGUUUCUACCUAUUCUGGGGAUGCACAAGCUUCAUCAUCCAUCGCCUAUUAUAAGAAGAGUUGCAUGUUAUGGGUUUCUAGUCUAUUACAUUUUAUGCAAUAAGAAAUUGCUAUAAAUAGGAGUAAAGAAUUAGUGAUGUACAUAAAUAGAAUGUUAAGAUUCGGGGUUUCAUCCUAAAAACUAACCUUAUAAGAAGAGUAACCCAAAAUCUUAUAUGAAGUGUAUUGUUUUAUUGUUUAAACUUGGGGUUCUCUUCUAAAGGAUCAAUCUUGUAAGGGGAAUUGUCCAAUAUCUUAUACUUCGUAUAAUGUUUUAUUGUUUAUUAUGUUUAAUAUCAU